AUGGCCCCAGCUGUCUCCAACCUAGAUGAAGAGAGUAGAUGGACAGUUCAUUAUACAGCUCCCUGGCAUCAGCAGGAGAAUGUCUUUUUACCUUCCACCAGGCCACCCUGCGUAGAAGAGCUGCAUCGUCAAGCCAAAUUGAAUUUGAAGUCCGUGUUGAGAGAAUGUGACAAACUUCGGAGAGAUGGCUAUAGAAGUUCUCAAUACUAUUCUCAGGAUCCAACAUUUUCAUCUUCAUCCAACACACUCUAUGAAAGUUACCAAGAUGAUUAUGAAGAAAUUGAACAGAAGUCUAGUCUGUUAGACUGCCUCUCUCAGUCUUGCUUAAGUGCCUGCUGUUGUUUGAUGUCAUGGACGAUCAAGUGUUCCACUCCUUCUCCUGAGGAGGAGAAGCUUAUUCCUGUCAAAAGACCCAAAUCACCAACUCCUGAUGAAUUAUCUGACAUCAAUACUCAGACAAAUUGGACCAAAUCACUUCCACUGCCAACUCCAGAGGAAAAGAUGCGACAACAGGCUCAGGCAGUCCCAGCUGAUGUUAUCCCUAUUAAUGUAACAGGGGAGAAUUUUGACCGCCAAGCCAGCAUACGGAGGUCUUUGAUUUACACAGACACUGUGGUAAGGCGGCCGAAGAAAAUGAAAAGGAGAAAGACUAUUACAGGAGUCCCUGACAACAUCCAAAGAGAGCUAGGUAUGGCUCAUCAGAACUGUAUUCCAUUUCAAUUAAUUGCUUAUUGUAACUAAACUCAUAACAUUUAAUUGCGCUUAUGAAACCAAUACAGUCUGAUAGCCUCCUAAAAGUUCCAAAUGAAUGUAUGGCUGGUGACUAAGAAAGAAUAGCGAGUGCAUUCUUCGUAUUAUUAUUUGUCUCCUACCAAGAAAUUAAAAUUCCCGUUCCACACUGAAGCUUAUGUCUGGGAUUUGCUGCAAGGAAAUGCAAAUUAACACACAUGUGGAUACUGUCACUAGUGGACUUGAGGUAUUCAACAGUAGCCAUUUUCUAAUUUUCAGGGUCAUUUCACAGAUGAUAGUUUUGAUCUAAAAAAUUUCCCAUUUCAGAUUGUGUGUUGAAUGAAUAUCCUGUUUCCCCGAAAAUAAGACCUCCCUGGACAAUAAGCCCAAACGGGCUUAUUAUUUAGCGUGUGCGCUAAAAUAAGCCUUCCCCUGAAAAUAAGCCCUCCUGGAAAAUAUUGUAACACAGCAACAACCAUGA